AAAUAAACACAUUGACAAGAUUUUAAUUGUAACACAAACUUGAAGAAGAUGAAGAAUGUUAUGGUGGUUAUUGACGAGAGCAGCUCAAGUUAUGAUUUACUCGUUUGGGUCCUUGAAAAUCUUCAAGAUAUAAGUAACAGCAAUAAACUUUUGAUAUUUGCAAAACAGCCACAAAGUUUUGUUGGUCCUAUCUCGCUCUCUUCAUCGUUGGGAUUUGCACAGCUUUUCUAUCCAUUUUCACCCAGGGCAGAACUUAUAAGACUAGCUCAAGAAAAGAAUAUGAAGAUUGCUUUGGGUAUAUUAGAGAAAGCCAAGAAGAUAAGUGGAAAUCAUGGGAUUAAAGCAGAGACAUUAACUGAUGUCGGAGACCCUAAAGAGCCAAUCCACAAGAUAAUUCAAGAGCGAAUGAUCAAUUUAUUAGUUAUGAGCGACGGCGAUCAACAAACCUCAAGUCUUAAAAAGUGUUUACACAAUACACAUUGUUCUCUUCUUGUCGUGGAGAAAGGAAUUCGUAUAAAUUAGUGAUUCGAUAAAUUAAUGAUGGUACGAACCACUAAGAUCUUUUAUAAUUGUAUGCAUGUGGUUAUGUAAAAUAUAUGAUAUUGUGGGGUUAUUGAACUAAUAGAAUAUGAUAUUAUUGUACA